UGUACAUUGUACCUUGUAUACCCUGAGAAUUAAUAGAGUACUCAAGUUAUAUACCUUGUGGACGUUUAAAAUACCUAAAGUGUGAAAAAACACAUUAGGAUUGAUUUACUUCAUACCUGCACGCCAUAUCCUGAAAACCGAAGACUAAUCCUGCAGUUUGUGUGAGCUAGGACAUUAUAAAGUGCUAUACAGGAGGUAUAUAGAAGAUGGCUAUGCUUAUCAAGACCGAGGCCCUGCCUGCCGGUGGAGAUCUAGCUAAAAUCUGCACACAUCCCAUGUUUGAGGACCUACAGGCAACACUGACCAGCGAGUGCUACCAAAACUUUCAGACACUUCCGUUCAGUCUGUGUCGAGAAGGCGUCGCUCCGAUGGAAGAGGAGGCUGAGCCUGUUAUACUAGACCCCGCCCUCAUUGCUGUUCAGGAAGCCAAUUUACAAUCCGACUUUCAACGGGUAUUCGCACACAACUCGGAAAAAGUCCACCAGCUGCACAAAUUCUACAGCGAACAGUGCCAGGAAGUUGAGACUGAUCGGUGUUCUUCCAUUGACAAGUUGAAGACAAAAGAGGUUGACGCAAGUUUCUAUCAAAGUGAAAUCAAUAAAAUCCAUGAGGAACACGAUCGUCAGCGCAUGCAUCUCACACACCGGGUUACAGCUAGCCUACAGCUACUAAAGGUGGCACUGCCGUCUGCUGCCGAUUCUACGACUGCCACCACAGCAUCUGGGUCUGGAAGGUCAAAGUCACGACAAUUGAAUGGACGAGGUGUGACUAUCAUGUGUGACUGGUAUGAGAAACACAUCAACAAUCCUUAUCCGUCGGAGGAAGAAAAAGAAAAAAUGGCUCGGGACGGGAGCCUGUCUCUCGCCCAAGUCAAGGCCUGGUUUGCCAACAAGAGAAAUAGGACCAGCAAUACAAAACCCAAGAAACAGAAACAACAAGUGGAACGAAAAUUAUUAUCCAUCUGUAGUGGACUGACAGGUUCAGGGGGUACGACAGACAAGGCGCCACGUCUCUACGGAGACAUCAUACGUCAGCUGUCAGACAUCGUAAACAGUUCCACCGUGUUCAGUCAACCAAUCGGAAGUGACGUACCUUCGUCCCAGACUGUGAUUCAGUAAGGUGGGAUGUCCAUUUCAUCACCUGUUUGAAGUCUAAACUGUCAGUUCAUAUGUAAACAUGUUCUGCUGUCCAGUUUCAGCUGUUAGACAUUUGGAGUAGAUUCACCAUCAUCAGUCAGCCAGAU